AUGCUUCUCCGGCGUACAAUCCUUUCUUACCCCACCAAUCGCCACCAUUCCUCCGCCGCUAAAAACCUCCAAUCUCUCUCAAAAAUACCUCACAGAUACAGAGCCAAAGCCAUCCGACAAGCCCAAGAAGCCCUUACAGACUACCUCCAUGCCGUCAGGACUAUACCUUACACAUUUGCGGAGAACAUCAGCAAGUACUCUAUCGUCUCCCUAUCUGGUGCUAUAUCUAAAGUAAAAUUUUCGACAUCAGAUUUUUCCAAAUCCUUGCAGAGGUUCUUCAGGUACCAUCCACUUAACGAAUUUGAGUUAUUCUUUGAAAGUAUUGGCAUUGAUGUUAAUGAACUUGAUGGGUUUUUGCCUGCUCGUAAGUUCUUUUUAUCGGAAGAUCUGAAUGCGUUUGAUGCUGCUUGUGUGCUUUACGGUUUUGGGAUUCCUUGGAAUAAAUUGGGAAUGCUGUAUAAAGAAGAAAAAACAAUUUUUGAUAAGGACCCAUGUGAAUUAAAGGAAAUUUGGAGGAGGUAUAUGAAUUGUGGGUUCACUAGUUCAUCUUUAAUUGGGAUUUGCUUGGUUUUUCCUCAUUUAUUGAGUGGGGAUAGUGAAGUUGAGAUACUUUUCAAUGAUUUGAAGAGGAUUGUCAUAGAUUUUGAUUUGAUAAGUGAUGUGGAGGGCAAUGUGGAUGCUUGGAUUGAGAUUUGUAGAAAGAUUCGGAUGUUUUAUGACUUGGGUUGCAGGAAACUUGACAUAUGGGAGAUGAUGGGUAGAAGUAAAAAGAUUUUGGUACAAUGUCCGGAAGAAACUUUAACCGAAAAACUCAAGUACUUUUGUAGAUUUCAUGUUACAAAUGAGGAGGUCACAUCUUUACUCCUUUUGGGACCUAAAAUCUUUGAAUUUGAUCUAAAAAGUCCGCUUUUUUGUGUUGUGGGACUCCUAAGACACUUUGGGUUGUCUGAAGAACACUUGAAUUUUGUCAUUAAGAAGUACCCUUAUGUUUUUGGUAGAAAUCGGCUAGCUAAUCUUCCACAUGUAAUGAGAGCUCUGAAUCUUAAUCAAUGGUUCUUCGAUAAGAUAAGAGAUGGCGGUCAUAAUCUAUUAACUAGUUAUGCCAUUGGCAGUUCUCAUGAAGAUUGCGAUCAAGAUUUUGCUGAAGACAUGGUGACGAUUCAAUCUUCUAGAGUCCACAAUCACACUUUAAGUAAGUUGGAAUUCUUGCAUAGUAUUGGAUACGGAGAGAAUGGUUUCACUGUAAAAGUGUUGAAACACGUUCAUGGUACCAGUAGACAGUUACAGGACCGAUUUGAUUGCUUAAUUCAUAACGGAAUUGAAUUUUCAAAGCUAUGUAAGAUGAUUAGUUUGUCACCAAAGAUUUUAAAUCAACAAUCAGAAAUCCUUGAGAAGAAAGUUGAAUUCCUUUGCCACGAAAUUGGCUCCUCCUUGAACUAUCUUGACAUCUUUCCAGCAUAUUUCUGCUUUGACUUAGAGAAAAGAAUAAAGCCCCGAUACAGAUUUCACAUGUGGCUUAUGGAAACCGGUUUGUGUGAAAGAGAGUAUUCCCUUGCUAGCAUUGUUGCCACUAGUGAGGUGCGCUUUAUUGCUCGUAUUUAUAGAAUUCACCCGGCUGCUCCAAAGAAGUGGCUUGAACUAUUUAUGAACCGAGAUUAUGCUAGUUUCCAAGAGACUUCAUAGUGUGGCAGCCUAUAGUCUUUUAAGCACUGAAUGCUGAAUGCUAAUUUCCAAGAAACCCCAUAGGUUACCAAUUCGACUCUCCUCAAGGGCAUUGGGCAUUUCUCCAACUGUUAUCUUCAGGGCUCUGCUUGGGAUUAGUAGAGGUGCGUGCAAGCUGGAUCAGACACUCACGGUUAAAAAAGUGCUGAUGGCGUACUACUGCUGCUGUGUGCUCUGUUCAAUUGAGGUCACACUCGAUGCAAAAAGAGUUGGGAACCAUGAUGCUGGCUGCAGUGAGGUCUUUUGGUUCUUUGCAUAUAUGGUCAUCCAUCAACUCAAAGGCUAAGCAAUGGUGGACUAACUGGGCUUGCUCAUGUGGUUCAC